UCACGACCCUUCCCCUCACAUGGCGCAAACAUGGAGGAAUCCGCUGUGAUCACGCCAGCGAAAUAAACCCAACUUUCUCCUGAAGUCAUCGGCAUCGAGACAACGAGGGAGGGCGGAAAAGGCGGCGGACAGGUUGCUAAAGUAGAACUCAGACAACUCGCUGGCGAGGCGUCGCUGAGGGAGGACCUCCCAGCGCCAUGGCUCUGUACAUCAAAGCCGCGGAGAUCCUGCAGAAAGCCGAGAUGAAGCAGGGCGCCCUGAAGACGCUGGUUUACGACAGUAAGUUUCCCAACAUCAAGCAGCUCUUCGCUCUGGUUUGCGAGACGCAGAAGUUCUCCUCCGUGCUGCAGGAGAUCAUCGAGGCCACCAAGCUGCUGAAGCACACCAAGCUGAAGAUGCCCCUGGCCAAGGUGCUGGUGUACGACGUGCUGAUCGGCCGGGGGCUGAAGUGCGGCGGCGCCUGGAAGGCCAAGCUGAUGAAGCAGCGGCCCCGCCUGCAGGCGGAGCUGGCCCGCAUGAAGGUGCGGAGGAAAGUCAGCAGGAAUGAAGACCUCCUUCCGGCCAGCGUCCUGCGGGCCCCCGGGGACCUGCUGCCCAGGUACGUGCGCGUGAACACGCUGAAGACCACCGUGGGGGACGCUGUGGACUACCUGAAGAGGGAUGGCUUCUGCUACCGGGGCCAGGCUCUGAAGCUGGAGAACUUCACCCUGAAGAACAAAGACUUCAUGAUGGACCAGCACCUGCCUGAGCUCCUGGUGUUUUCCCCUAAAGCAGACUUCCACGAUCACUUCCUGUACAAGGCCGGUCACAUCAUUCUGCAGGACAAAGCCAGCUGCCUCCCUGCGCAUCUCCUCGACCCCCCGCCGGGCAGCCACGUCAUCGACGCUUGUGCUGCGCCUGGCAACAAGACCAGCCACCUGGCGGCCAUCAUGGAGAACAGAGGACGGCUGUUUGCGUUUGAUCUGGACGGGAAGCGCUUGGCCACCAUGUCCACGCUGCUGCUCCGAGCCGGGGUCACCUGCCACCAGCUGGCCAACCAGGAUUUCCUAAAGGUGGACCCUGAUGGUCCCCAGUAUAAAGACGUGGAAUAUAUCCUGCUGGAUCCGUCCUGCAGCGGUUCAGGUAUGGUGUGUCUGCGGGACGACGACGCAGCCGACCAGGAGGAGGAGAAGGCUCGUCUGGCGUCGCUGGCGUCCUUCCAGCUCCGCUGCCUGAACCACGGCCUCAGGUUCCCCCGCCUGAAGCGCCUGGUCUACUCCACCUGCUCCAUCCACAGCCAGGAGAACGAGGAAGUCAUCACUGCCUGUCUGCAGCAGAACCCCAACGUCAGGUUAGUACCAUUGCUGCCUCAGUGGCCCGAACGAGGGCAGGAGCCGCUCUCCCAGUGUUUACGGGCCAGUCCCACCAAGACCCGCACACACGGCUUUUUUGUGGCUCUGCUGGAAAAAGUUAGCGACGCUGGGAGUAUGAAGGAGAAACCAGCAGUUCCGAUAAGUGAAGCUGACAGGAUGCCGCCUGCUCCUUCUGCCGUUGAAAUGAAACCCGAUGCUGCAGAGGAAAACUCCUCCGAUGCAGAGGAGACACUGACGUUUGCAGCGGGAGACGCUGACGGUUCGUCCAGCAAGAAAAAGAGGAGAAAAAGAAAGAAGAAGAAAAAAACAGCCAAAGCAGAAUGAAAUUUUAAAUACGUUUUCUGUAAAUGUGAAGUAAAGAUACUUUCUUACUGA